UGUUCAGUGCAGCCAUGACGCAAAGUCAACAAGAGAAAAGACUCCCGGCGGCCGUCAGGCAGGCAGUGUUAGUGGUGAAGUGGAGCAGAGCCCCGGAGCAGCGCACCGUGCUCGCUUUAAAACGGGAUUUGGAUUAAAUAGCUUGUGAAAGAGCCGAUGAGCCCAGCGUGCGGGAGGGAGCAGAGAGCUGAUUUUUAUUUCCUACUGGAUCGAGAAGGGGAGGAGGAGGCAUGGAGAACGAGUUAUUCUGGUAACAGCGCAGAGCCUGUUUGACAUCGCGCCUCUCAAGGCUUCCGGCGCAAAGUAAAUCUGUUUUGUGCGUCGAGAGGAAGAGAGCCUCGGUCAGUUCCCGGCCGCAAUCCUCUUCGGCUGGACAUGAAAGUGCAGCAGGGCUGCAACUCAUCAGACAUGGGCAUCCCGGUUAGAACAGAAGAAGAGCUGCGCAAGAACACAGUUAUAACACCAGAGGAUGUGCUGGGACUGCAGAAGAUCACAGAGAAUUACCUCUGUGCUCCAGAGGAAAAUGUCCACAUGAUUGACUUCACCCGGUUUAAAAUCCGUGACAUGGAAACAGGGACAGUCCUGUUUGAGAUCACUAAACCUCCAACACCAGGUGGUUUAAAGCAAUGUGACCCCAACACCGGCCGAUUUGUUCGAUACCAGUUCACCCCGGCCUUCCUCCAACUACGACAAGUUGGAGCCACAGUGGAGUUCACAGUAGGAGACACCCCCAUCAACAACUUCCGUAUGAUCGAGAGACACUACUUCCGCGACAAGCUGCUAAAGAGCUUCGACUUCGAGUUCGGCUUCUGCAUGCCCAGCAGCAAGAACACCUGCGAACACAUUUACGAGUUCCCCACGUUGUCUGAGGAAACAAUGCAUGAGAUGAUCCAGCACCCUUAUGAGACACAAUCCGACAGUUUCUACUUUGUGGACAACAAGCUGGUGAUGCACAACAAAGCAGAUUAUUCCUACUGUGGAGGGCCGUAGGAAGCCCAUCUCCGCUCCUCUGAUUCAAGACAUUUUCAGAACCAGAAACACAUGAACUGAUGGACAAAUCACUGGCUUUAGACGGCCAUUUAUCAUCCCUGUUAGCUCCGCACAUUCCCACUCAGGCACUAAGCUGCCUGGACAAUCAGAUUCCCCUUCCGGAGGAGCAGCAAAGUCUGCCAGUUCGCAUCAGAGUGCAUGGAUGGAAGCGUGUGGGCAGCACAAACAGGCCACUGAUUUCAGUCUGCAUAUGUGGGCUCAGCUUCAUCGGGAAAAGAGAGGACUUUUUUUUUUAUGUUCUUGUUUUAUUUUUGUGUUAGUUGGUGGCUGGAAAAUAAGGAAAAUCCCACUAUGCAAGCCCAAGAAAUAACAUGGUUAAGUUUUUAUGGGAUUUUACAAAUUUACUGCGUUUCUUUAAGAUUCAGCAACAGCAAUAGUACAUGAAAUGGACUGAAGAAAGAGAGAGAGAGAGAGAGAGAGAGAGAAAAAAAAACAAGCACUACAGUGAUUGCCAAGAAACCCAGAUGCAGGUUUUGAAAUAUCUUUAAGUUGUUCUGCUGGUUAUUUAGUUAUAAAAGUUAAGAUGUCUAAUGCAACACAAGAUGUUCUCAUAUUUUGUGAAAGAACUUCCUCCUCCCUCCAGGCCAGGACUAAUCCUUCUCAUCAACCGGUUUCUGAAUUUACUUAAAACCUACAGCUGUAAAAAUACAAUCUCUGUUUCAGUUUAAGAACAUUUUCCCAGUAUUUUUGCAAUAUAUGGAAAACCCGUUCACAGUGGAAUAAUGCAAACAAUUCAGUCUGACCAGGAAACGUUUUUAUCAGCCUCUUGAGCAGGAAUAAGCUCCUUCUUGUAACGUUUCUAGAUGUUUAGGCUGUAAGACAAACUUUUUCUCAAUCACCUUCAUCAAGAGUACAAAAGUAUUUACAUCCAUUUAAUGCUUUAUGCUGUCACAUUAAAACCACAGACUUUGGUGUAUUUUAUAAGGAAUUUAAGUGGCAGAAAAACACAAAGUAGUGCAAAAUUUCAUGGGUUUAAACAUUUUCUAACGGAUAAAUUUUUUCUACAUGUGCAUGCAUUUAUACUUAUGUUCUGUCCCAGAUUGAUCUGCCUCCAUUUUCCCAUCAUCUCUGCCUAGCUUCUCCGUCCCUGCUAAAGAAAAGCACUCCACAGUGGGGUGUGUCACUGCGAGGUCCGAUUUUCAUUUAUAAAAAUAAAAAAAUGAAAAGCAUGAAUACGUUCCCUCUCAUUUUAAAACAUGCACUACUUUGCGUCGCUCUGUCGUAUGAAUCCAAAUAAAAGACAAGAAAGUUUUCAGCUGCCAUCCGUCCAUCCAUUAGCUUCCACUUGAUCCGGGUUUGGCUCACGGGAGAAGCAGCCUAAGCAAAGAAGCCCAGACGUUUUGUUCUCCCUUCCCAGCCACUUGGUCCAGCUCUAGUGUGUCCUGGUACUUCCUCUGUGUCUCCUACUGGUGGACAUGUCCAGCAUACGUCAUCAUGGAGGCCAGAGACGCCACCUGAACUGAUUUUUCUCAGUGUGGAAGAGCAUCGGCUUCACCGUGGGCCCUGAUCUGGUCACCGUCUCUGUGUGUGUGGGGCAGAAACCCUGCAGACUUUACUCAUUACUCCAGUUUUCAACUGUAACAUUAAAAAAAUGUGAAAAAUGUCGUGAAUACCUUUGCAAGGCACUGCUGAUGCUCUCUCUUCGAUAUCAAGCUAAAUUAUAAACCUAGAGUUUUUUUUUUUAUCAUACAACAUCUCUAUAGUUUCUAUGCGUGUGUGGUAGCGGAGGCACUGUUAUUUUCUGCUAGUGUUCAGAUAAAAUAGAAUGUUUUAUUUGGAACUAUUUUAAAACUUUUUUUUUAAAUGUUAUAACUAAUUAGAUGCAGGAAAACUACAAUAUACAAAAAGACCAAUUUUGAUAUAAUAUAUAAGUAUAUUUACAGUUUAUAGUUUCAUGGCACUUUUACUCUUAUAGUUACUUAAAAUUGUAUUAGCAGACAUAUCUAAGUGACUCUCUCUUCCGCCUGUGUUUUGUUGCUGUCCAGAUGACUGUGUCCUUUGUCUUUGUGAGAAUUUGAUUUCAUGUCUUCGGGUUGACUUUGCCGCCACGACAGGAAUAUUUUUAAGUCAGGUUUAAGCUGUUCUUUUUCUAUGGCUGAAUCAUUAUACCCAAGUAACUAAAUUAAAUUAAAAAUAAAGAAUUGGGUGUAUAGAUUUCAAUUUGUCACAGAUUUUCUCUGAAAUAAAGAGUCAUAAUCGUAAAUAAAGGCUGUACAUGCAUUACCUUAAGAUGUUAAAAUAAGUGGUGCUGAAAUGUCUUAACUUGACAAGACCAAGGCCUGUUUAUGGAGCGACCAUCAUCGGUUCUAGAUGGUCUUUUUCUCUUUGCUGUUUUAAAAACAAUCUGCAAGUCCAACAAACUCAGUGAGAAUCUAAGAAGGAGAAUGUAGAUUUACAGUAGUUGUGAAAGUUUUUUAAAAGUAAUUUUUAAAUGGAUUUCUAGAUGAAAGGUGAUUGGUUUGGAUGUUUUUUCAUUUAUUGUCCACAGAGAGGCACUAGACAGAAAGAAAUUAACACAUUCAAACUGAAAGGAGGUAAAGGACGCUUCCUGAAAGAAAAAAAAAAGCUUUGCUGAUUUAUCUUUUUGGUCACAAUGAUCCAAACCAGAAUCAUAAGUUAAGGCUGUCAGACCUGCUACUUGGUAGCAGCAUCAUGCUGUGGGGCGCCUUUGCAGGUGUGGUACUGAUUCAUAGCAGAAAGUUGCUGUAAUAGUGGAGUGAGGGUCUAAUAUCUUCAACUUCGCCUCUGAUCAAAGGCUGUGUGGUUUAAACUUGGACACAGAUAGAUGCUAGAAGUUUACAGAUGAUACAAAAAUCUAAAAAAAACAUUUAACCAAAUAUCAGAGAAGGGGUAUACAUAUGUUUAAGUCUGUAUAUAUAAUUUAUAAUAAGUGGGAUACACGGUGCUGUAAAGGAUAAACAAUAAAUUCACAAUAAAUUCUUAUUAGCGCA